CGGUCGGCGCCAUGGCCGAGCCCCUGAAGGAGGAAGACGGCGAGGACGGCUCUGGGGAGCCCCCCGGGCCAGUGAAGGCGGAGCCCGCCAGCACCGCUGCCUCUGUAGCGGCCAAGAACCUGGCCCUGCUGAAAGCUCGCUCCUUGGACGUGACCUUUGACGUGGGGGACGAGUACGAGAUCAUCGAGACCAUCGGCAACGGCGCCUACGGGGUGGUGUCCUCCGCCCGCCGCCGCCUGACCGGCCAGCAGGUGGCCAUUAAGAAGAUCCCUAAUGCGUUUGAUGUGGUGACUAAUGCCAAGCGGACCCUCAGGGAGCUGAAGAUCCUCAAGCACUUCAAGCAUGACAACAUCAUCGCCAUCAAGGACAUCCUGAGGCCCACCGUGCCCUACGGCGAGUUCACGUCUGUUUACGUGGUCCUGGACCUGAUGGAGAGCGACCUGCACCAGAUCAUCCACUCUUCGCAGCCGCUCACACUGGAGCACGUGCGCUACUUCCUGUACCAGCUGCUACGGGGCCUCAAGUACAUGCACUCAGCUCAGGUCAUCCACCGUGACCUCAAGCCCUCUAACUUGUUGGUGAAUGAGAACUGUGAGCUCAAGAUCGGUGACUUCGGCAUGGCACGGGGCCUGUGCACCUCGCCUGCUGAGCAUCAGUACUUCAUGACCGAAUAUGUGGCCACGCGCUGGUACCGUGCCCCUGAGCUCAUGCUGUCGCUGCAUGAGUACACGCAGGCUAUUGACCUGUGGUCCGUGGGCUGCAUCUUCGGUGAGAUGCUGGCCAGGCGCCAGCUCUUCCCAGGCAAAAACUAUGUGCACCAGCUGCAGCUGAUCAUGAUGGUGUUGGGUACCCCAUCGCCAGCUGUGAUUCAGGCUGUAGGGGCUGAAAGGGUACGGGCAUAUAUCCAGAGUCUGCCACCACGCCAGCCUGUGCCCUGGGAGACAGUGUACCCAGGUGCUGACCGCCAGGCCCUCUCACUGCUGGGGCGAAUGCUGCGUUUUGAGCCCAGUGCCCGCAUGUCAGCAGCUGCUGCCCUUCGCCACCCCUUCCUGGCCAAGUACCAUGACCCUGAUGAUGAGCCUGACUGUGCCCCACCCUUUGACUUUGCCUUUGACCGGGAAGCCCUCACCCGGGAGCGGAUUAAGGAGGCCAUUGUGGCCGAGAUUGAGGACUUUCAUGCCAGGCGCGAGGGCAUCCGCCAGCAGAUACGCUUCCAGCCUUCUCUGCAGCCUGUGGCCAGUGAGCCUAGCUGCCCCGACAUUGAGAUGCCCAGUUCCUGGGCUCCCAGUGGGGACUGUGCCAUGGAGUCACCUCCGCCAGCUCCACUGCCGUGCCCUGGCCCUGCACCUGACACCAUUGAUAUGACCCUGCAGCCACCCCCCGCGUUGGCCAGUGAACCAGCCCCUCCAAAGAGGGAGGGUGCCAUCUCCGACAACACCAAGGCAGCCCUCAAAGCUGCCCUGCUCAAGUCCUUGCGGAGCCGGCUCAGAGAUGGGCCCAGUGCCCCCCUAGAAGCACCGGAGCCUCGGAAGCCAGUGACAGCCCAGGAGCGCCAGCGUGAGCGGGAAGAGAAGCGGCGGCGGAGGCAGGAGCGAGCAAAGGAGCGGGAAAAGCGGCGGCAGGAGCGGGAGCGCAAGGAGCGAGGGACCGGGGCCUCUGGGGGCCCCUCCACCGAUCCCCUGGCUGGGCUGGUGCUUAGUGACAAUGAUCGCAGCCUGCUGGAGCGCUGGACUCGGAUGGCCCAGCCAGCCGCCCCCCCCCCCCCAGUCCAUGUCUGUGGUGUCACCAUUGUGCUCACGGUGCUGACACCCCCCCCCCCCCCCCCCCCCGGCCCCACCCCCGCCACAGUAACAACACCUCCGGCCCGGCCCACCAGUCCUGCUGGCUCUGUAGCCCAGCCCACUGGACCCCCACCACCUGCAGGCGCCACCCCUGGUCCUGCACCACAGCCGGCCUGCCCAGCUGCUGGCCCUGCUCCCCACCCUGCUGGCCCUCCUAGGCCUGUGCCUGGCCCUGCUCCACUCCAGACCACCACCACCUCCAGCCUCCUGGCCCCCCAGUCGCUUGUGCCACCCCCUGGGAUGCCUGGUUCCAGCACCCUGGGUGUUCUGCCUUACUUCCCACCUGGCCCAGCCCCUCCAGACCCCAGGGGGACCCCUCAACCCUCCACCUCAGAGUCACCCGAUGUCAACCUGGUGACCCAGCAGCUGUCCAAGUCUCAGGUGGAGGACCCUCUGCCCCCCGCGUUCUCGGGCACGCCAAAGGGCAGUGGGGCCGGUUAUGGCGUUGGCUUUGACCUGGAAGAAUUCCUCAACCAGUCUUUCGAUAUGGGCGUGGCGGAUGGGCCACAGGAUGGCCAGACAGACUCGGCCUCGCUCUCAGCAUCCCUGCUGGCUGACUGGCUCGAGGGCCACGGCAUGAACCCUUCUGACAUCGAGUCUCUGCAGCGUGAGAUCCAGAUGGAUUCCCCGAUGCUGCUGGCUGACCUGCCUGACCUCCAGGAGCCCUGAGGCCCACAGCAUGUGCCGGGGGAGACCCAGGGCCCAGGCCCGGCAGGGGAAGCUUGGCUUGGGAUUAUCCUGAGGCUCCUCUGAGACCCACCCCACAGCCUUAAGCAGCCACCUGAGCCACCACCGAGCCACGACAGGAUCAGGAAACCCCUAUUCCUCGGGCGAGCCUUCUCAGUAUUCUAUUUUUAUUAUGUAAUUUUAUUAGUCGUUCUCUUUGCCAUAAAAAUGAGGCCUGUGAAA